CUCUCGACAAUCCACAUACCUACAUAAGGUACCUCUACAGUGCUGCCGCUGCGUCACCUCUACCAAGCAAGAGAAACACCACUCGCUACAAACAAACGCCUGCAAACAGCCCUCUACAAAACAACCCUCUACAGCAAGAAACCGCCCACACGCAUUCCGCCCAGCAUGACAAAACCGCGGCUGAUCAUAUUAAUCCGCCAUGGACAAUCCGAAGGAAACAAAAACAAAGACAUCCACCAGACCAUCCCCGAUCACCGGGUGAAACUCACCCCCGAAGGCUGGAACCAAGCCCACGACGCUGGACGCCGACUUCGCAAACUCCUCCGCCCCGAUGACACCCUUCAAAUCUUCACUUCUCCCUACCGCCGCACCCGCGAAACCACCGAAGGCAUCCUCUCCACCCUGACCUCUGACGAUCCCGGCCCCUCUCCGUUCCGCCGCUCCAGCAUCAAGGUCUAUGAAGAGCCCCGCCUCCGCGAGCAGGACUUUGGCAACUUUCAGCCCUGCAGCGCCGAAAUGGAACGCAUGUGGCAGGAACGUGCUGACUACGGCCACUUCUUCUACCGCAUCCCCAACGGCGAGAGCGCUGCCGACGCUUACGACCGCGUCAGCGGCUUCAACGAGAGUCUCUGGCGCCAGUUUGGCGAGGACGACUUUGCCAGCGUCUGUGUUCUCGUCACUCACGGCCUCAUGUCCCGUGUAUUCCUCAUGAAAUGGUACCAUUUCACAGUCGAAUACUUCGAAGAUCUCCGCAACAUCAAUCACUGCGAGUUCCUUAACAUGCGCAAACAGGACAACGGCAAAUAUAUCCUCGAGAAUAAGCUUCGCACCUGGUCUGAACUGCGUCGCGAACGCAAGGACAAGGAAGAGAAGGACAAAGACAAGGAGAAGGACAAGUCAAACCUCCCACGCACAAAGACUUUCGUCGUCACCCGGCGCUGGGGUGGCUGUCCGAACGGGUGCAACCACAACGGCCACUACGUCAAACGUGAUGACCUCGAGGUCCUACGCCAGAAGGACAAUGAGACGGCUGCUCCUGGUAACACGGAUGUCGCUCUCAUGCGGGUUCGGAGGUCACGACUGCACCAGUCCACGACCAUUGAAGCCCAAGCCAACGGCGAGCAAGACGGCGUCAAGGGAGCUCCCGAAAUAGAUGUCAGCCAGCUUCACAAUGGACAGGCCUGCUCCUUUCUCAACGGCAGAUCCUCGUCUGUAGAUCUUGAGCAGAACACUGAGCCCCCCUUCCUCCACACUGGCCGCGAUGGAGGCGGUACCUACUCCGGUCACACCUCCGCCGCUGAAACCGACACCGACCUCUCCGAGGACGACGAGCUGAACCUCCACCGCGUUGCCUCCCUCAAUGCCCACCACAAGAGCAUCAAGGACACCGCGGUCCAGGAGUCCAACGGCACCACACCAAACCACUACAUGGACAAGCUGGCGUACGCAGACGAGAAUGGUACCGGCGAGCCCCGUCGGUCUAACCGCCUCGGCGACGCUUCCCCGGAAUCCUCCGAAGGCGAUCCCGACGACAUCGACCAAGCCGAGAAGGAGGACCGGAGCAUCCAGGGCAGCGUCUACUGACAUGUCGCUCGCUCUCUAAUGAAUAAUGGAUUCCUUGCAGGAAUAUGCUGACGACUCUCCUUCUUUUUUUCGGUUCGUUUUUGUUCUGCUUCAACGAGGAAAAGGAAUCUACUUGGACGACUCUCUCAAAAUGGAAUAUGAGAUAGACUGUGCAGGCAUGGUUUUGGGGGUAGCAUGUUACCAGGUACCCAAUCGGCGUUUAUUGUCUUCACUCUACGAAAAUGGCAACAUACCUAGAUCAUGACCAUAGACAUUUGAUGACAUUCACGAGUGUACUUCCCUUGAUUCUUU